UAAUUUGUUGUGUUCUUUACCUUGCUUCCAGAAUCUGCAUUCUGUGUGUAUCACAGGGUACUGUGCCUGAGGCAGUGCCAACACUGUCUCUGCCAGCGGGAGAGAUGGGGCCAUAGGGAGUAUAAGGAGCCAGGAAGGAAGGAAGGAAGGAAGAAGUGCAGAGUGAUAUAGGGAAGCUGGUCGGAUCACAUCAGAAAAGCUUUGAUGAAACAGGUUGCCUGAGUUUACAGCAAGGCUGGAUUGAUCAUCAUUGAAGGAAAGUUCAUCAUGAUUCAGUGACGGUUGCUGCUAUGGAGUUGCUUUGCUGGUGAAUAAAGGGCUACACUAUUUUAUUUGCCUCCAGCUUUGUAAUGACCGUCAGGCCAAGCACCAGAAGAUGGAGUCGGGAGUUUGUGCCACCUACAGAGGUUCGGUCUACUUCCGGCUCCCGGGAGAGGUCCCACUCCAGGGAAAGAUCCAGGCAAAGAUUACUGGACAAUUCCACAGAUCUGGCCAGGAUGAGGAGUCGGAGGAGCGGGCUGCUCGAGAGUUCCCGAACAUUGUACUCUAGCAUGUCCCGCAGUAUAGAGUUGUCACUGGAUGAAUUAGAUGCUGUAAAAUUUAUUGAGGAGAACUUCAGGAAGAGGGAGUGCAUAACAUACACCAAGGAUUCAAGAUCACUAGAUGGCAUUUGUAAAUGUGGAUACUCCAAGAUUCAACAUAUUGAAGGGACUCAGGUCAACCAGAACGAUAAGUGGAACUAUAAGAAGCACACAAAAGAGCUGCCUACGGAUGCAUAUGGAGAUAUUCAGUUUGAAGCAUUUGGAAGAAGAGGCAAGUAUAUUCGCUUGUCCCGGGAGACAACACCAGAGACAUUGUAUGAGCUCAUGGCAAAAUACUGGCAGCUUAAAACACCAAACCUCAUCAUCUCUGUGACGGGUGGGGCAAAGAACUUCUCUCUGAAACCAAGAAUGCGGAAGAUCUUUAGCCGUCUAAUCUACAUUGCACAGACCAAAGGAGCCUGGAUAUUUACAGGUGGAACUCACUAUGGUCUUAUGAAGUAUAUAGGAGAAGUGGUUAGAGAUAACACCAUAAGCCGGAGCUCAGAAGAAAAAGUAGUGGCUAUUGGUAUCGCAGCCUGGGGCAUGAUCUCGAACCGGGACACACUGACCCGGACAUCCCCAACAGAGGGAAAUUAUGUGGCUCAAUACACCCUAGAGGAGCAGAAGCGAGAUCCCCUCUACUGCCUAGACAACAAUCACACACAUCUGAUUCUGGUGGAUAAUGGCACCAAUGGACAUCCAAGUGUCGAGGCUGAUCUUAGAGCUUCGUUGGAGAAGUAUAUCUCUGAGUUAAAUGUGCCUGAAUCCAAUUAUGGUGGGAAAAUUCCUAUUGUAUGUUUUGCACAGGGAGGUGGGAAGGACACACUGAGGGCAAUAAAUACAGCAAUCAAGAGUAAAAUCCCAUGUGUAGUGGUGGAGGGAUCCGGGCAGACUGCUGAUGUCAUUGCCAGCUUAGUGGAAACCGAGGGCACUACUUUAGCAUCAUCAGUCAUUAAAGAGAGGCUAGUCCGAUUCUUGCCUCGCACUAUAUCUCGAUUGGCAGAAGAGGAGAUGGAGUUGUGGAUACGAUGGAUUAAAGAAAUAAUGGAACACCUUCAUCUUCUGACUGUAAUUAAGAUUGAGCAGGCUGGCGAUGAAAUAGUAAGCAACGCUAUUUGUUAUGCUCUAUACAAAGCUUUUAGCACUAAUGAACAGGAUAAGGACAAUUGGAAUGCACAGCUGAAAUUGUUGCUAGAGUGGAACCAAUUGGAUCUGGCUAGUGAAGAAAUCUUCACAAAUGAUCGGCGAUGGGAGUCAGCUGACCUGGAAGAUGCCAUGUUUGCUGCACUAGUGAAGGACCGCCCAAAGUUUGUGCGUCUUUUGCUGGAGAAUGGUCUAAAUCUACACAAGUUUCUGAGCAAUGAAAUCCUUAGUGAACUUUUUUCUCAGCAUUUUAGUACCCUAGUAUUUCGUAAUUUGCAGAUUGCCAAAAACUCUUACAAUGACUCCUUACUCACCUUUGUCUGGAAAAUGGUAUUGAGCUAUCAAAGAAACCGCAAAGAAGACAGGAACAGCUGUGAUGACUCAGACAUUCAGGAUCUUGCACCAAUAAUCAAACAUCCCAUCCAGGUUUUGUUCAUAUGGGCUAUACUGCAGAACAAGAGAGAGCUGUCUAAAGUAAUAUGGGAGCAGACAAGGGGAUGCACCUUGGCUGCUCUGGGUGCCAGCAAACUGCUUAAGAGUCUGGCUAAAGUAAAGAAUGACAUCAGUGCUGCAGGGGAAUCAGAGGAAAUUGCAAAUGAAUAUGAAGCCAAAGCAGUAGAGCUAUUCACAGAGUGCUACAGCAAUGAUGAGGAUUUGGCAGAGAUGCUGCUUGUGUAUUCCUGUGAAGCCUGGGGAGAAUGUAGUUGUCUUGAGAUGGCUGUAGAGGCAAAAGACCAGCAGUUUAUAGCACAGCCAGGAGUGCAGAACUUUCUUUCCAAGCAAUGGUAUGGGGAUAUUUCCAGAGAUACCAAAAACUGGAAGAUUCUUUUGUCUCUGUUGCUGUUUCCUCUUAUCAGCUGUGGCUUUAUAUCAUUCAGGAAAAAAGCAACCGAACCAAAAAGACCGAUCUUAUUGAAUUACUUGGCUUUCUUCACCUCACCUUUUGUUGUCUUCUCCUGGACAGUCAUUUUCUACAUUGGGUUUCUACUUCUAUUUGCUUAUGUCCUUCUUAUGGAUUUUCAGAUAUACCCUACAGGACUUGAGAUUUCUGUCUAUGUACUGGUUUUUAUCUUACUAUGUGAUGAGAUCAGGCAGAUGUACAUGAGUGGAAUCAAGUAUUUUAUUGAUUUGUGGAACAUUAUGGAUAUCUUGGCCAUCUUAUAUUUCAUAGCAGGAAUUGUAUUUAGAUUGCAGAGGAACAACUCCAGCGCACUGUACACCGGACGGGUUAUUUUUUGCCUGGAUUAUAUCAUUUUCACUGUCCGCCUCAUCCACAUCUUCACUGUUAGCCGUAACCUAGGACCAAAGAUCAUAAUGUUGCAGAGGAUGCUCAUAGAUGUCUUCUUUUUCCUCUUCCUGUUUGCUGUUUGGGUUAUAGCGUUUGGAGUGGCUCGUCAGGGAAUCCUAAGAUGGAAUGAGCAUCGCUGGGAAUGGAUUUUCCGCUCUGUUAUAUAUGAGCCAUAUCUGGCUGUGUUUGGGCAAUACAUUGCUGAUGUGGAUGGGACAACUAUUGAUUUUAGUCAUUGCACUGUAACUGGGAACGAGUCAAAACAGCUGUGUGUGGAAAUGGACAAUGAUAACAAUCCCAGAUUCCCAGAGUGGAUCACAAUCCCACUUGUCUGUAUCUACAUGCUCUCCACCAACAUCCUGCUUGUAAACUUACUCAUAGCCAUGUUUGGAUACACAGUGGGUACGGUGCAAGAAAACAAUGAUCAAGUGUGGAAGUUUCAGCGCUACUUUCUGGUCCAGGAAUAUUGCAGUAGAUUGACCAUUCCAUUCCCAUUUGUCAUCUUUGCUUACUUUUAUAUGGUACUGCGGAAGAUCUUUAGUUGCUGCUGCAAAAAAAAGGCGCCUCCGCCUUCACCUUGCUGUAACAAGAAAGAGGACAUUGAGACCAUGGCCUGGGAAGCUGUGAUGAAAGAGAAUUAUCUUGUGAAACUUAUUAGCCAGGCACAAAGUAAUUCAGAGACAGAACACAGAUUUAAGCAAAUGGAGUCAAAGCUAAAUGACUUGAAAGCAUUAAUCAAAGAUCUUAGUAGCAAGAUAAAGUGAUGUCCUUUACACAAGGGAGUAAUAUGAUACCCCAAAAGUUCCACUUUUCCCAGGUUGCAUCCUCUACAAAAGAGAUAAGAAGAAAGUUUUCAGAAAGUCACACCAUCAAUUCAUGCUCUAAAAUGGAAUUCCGUCUUAUAUCUCUCUUUCAUUAAAUAGAUUAACUGUUCUACUAUUGACUAAAAAUAGGUUGUAGCAUCCUAAAUGCACAUAUAGCCUAUUACAUGCUGAAUCAUGAAGAAUGUCCAGCUGCAGAACAGCAAGCCUGUUAAAGCAGAUUUACUUCCAAAGAUUUGUGGAAUAAUAUGGCAAGUGUACUCAAGUAACUACUGUGGAUGAUUGCAAUGACUGUAAAAGAGAUUUAAAUAUAGAAUGUAGGCCUAUAGAUAGCAAAAUGUUAAGUCCUACUGCUAUAUUUCUGAAUAGUAGUUAGAGUAGAAUAGUGCAGUUUCGAACGUUUUGAAAGCAUGGAAUGCAAUUCCUGUAUAUUGUAUUUAUAUGCUUAUUAUCAUUCAACACCUUCUCCCCAACAAUAAAGACAUUUUCAUCCAAUGUGGUCUACAGAAUUUUCAGAUAAUGGCUACAAUGAAAUCUUCUUCUAGUCAUCACUUUGACAGCUCUGGUCGUAUCUUAAUACCAGAAUCUGUUUCUGACCAGCCAACUGCUGUAACUUCAGUAGAUACUUAGUUUUGUAUCUCCAGUUCAUAGUCACAUCAAACAACAGUUUACCUUUGCUCAUUUUGAGAUAAGCCAGUAUAUGUUUGUGAUGUUGUGUUUCGUACUUGUAUAAGUAUUAAAAAAAUAAACUUUGUAAAGACA